GUAAAACGCAUUUAUGAGUACGAUCUCAAGUUCUCUACUAUCAGUUCCCUCAACAAGACAGUGACACUGAAUAACGGCAGCAAGUACACCAUCGAGAACCCAAUCGCAAUGAGGAUAAUUUCAAAUAUUUCGUAUGACGAACCCGUUGCCAUAGAAGGAUGUCCUGAGAACAUCGUAGCUGUGAUUGACGACAACGCCACAAACACCGUUAACACAUCGUCAGUAAACUGGACUGAACCUGUUUUAAACAGCUUCUCCAGUUGUCCCAUAAUGGAUUUCGAAGGACCAGGAAGCAAUGGCGGGGAUUACCCUAUCGGCGUAACUGAGGUGUCUUACCAAGCCAGAGAUGCUGCAGGAAACACCGAUAGAUGCUCAUUUACAGUGACGGUUCGAAGAGCCCAAGAACCUUGUUCUGACCCGUGCAUGAAUGGAGGGACUUGUGUGGAAGGCACUUGCAUUUGCAGAGAAGGAUUUGGAGGUACUGCAUGUGAGGAGAAGCUUACAUCAGUAACGUGUGAUAGUGACUCGAUGACCGUCAUCAUAAGUAAUGACCUUUUCGUUGGUAUUGGCCCGGAAGAUGUUUAUUUUCGUGACAGUUCCUGCCCAACUACAAGUAGCACUCUUACUCAUAUGACCCUUUCUACCAACUAUGAUGAGUGUCGUACCACCAGAACGGAAAAUGCCACAACCAUUACAUUCUCGAAUGUCAUCGCUUACAAACUUGAGCCUAUACCUGGUACUGAUAUUACUCGUGAAAAUCAGAGGCAGAUUGAGAUUUCGUGUUCCCUGGACAAGACCUCACAGGUUGGGCAGUCUUUCAAACCAAUGGUCGGUGAAAUAAAGUUUAGUGACAAGGGUUCCGGUCACUUCCAGCUGUACAUGACAAGGUUCAAGAACGAGUCCUUUGAUGAGCCCGAAGAUACCCACGCCGAGGUCUGGCUAAACCAGGCGCUCUACUUUGAAGUCAAACUUGACUCGGUAGAAGAAGUUGGUAUGUUUAUCGAACGAUGCUGGGCGACAGCCGGCCAAGAACAUGAUUCAACUCCAAGCUAUGAUCUGUUUACCGACAGAUGUCCUUCCAAUAUUGAUGGAACUGUUCAAGUCUUUUUUCCGAACGAGACGGAUCGAGAAGGAUUUAAGUUUGAUGCAUUUGCCUUUGUUGGACGUCUGGACAUGGUGUACGUUCAUUGUCAAGUGAGGGUGUGUAUGGAUGACGAGGCCCAUGUGUAUCGAGAGUGCUCCUCCACUUCUGAUUUGGGACGCAAACGUCGAUCUUCUUCCUUCAUUUCCACUCAAACGAUCAGUAGUGCGCCGAUUCGUGUCCGCCGCUCAACCAACGGCAUGGCUACUAAUGAUCUGUCUGCCUACAAUUCGUUUGGGAUGUUCCUCAUUGGAAUGGUCGCAACCGUGGUUGCCGUAGCAACCCUGAUGGGCGUGGUCAAGCUAAUUGGUCGUUCAACCGACAUCAGCUACAAGAGAGUCCCAACUGCUUCCAUGGAAGAGAUGUAGAAGCGAUUUAUGACCAGAGUGGAAUUCAUAUUCGGAGUGACGUCACGUAGAUUAACGCGCUACUUGACAGCCAUGUGGGCGAGGUCAAAGGUCAAGCAGUAACGUUACACAAUUUCCUCAAUCAAAUUAGAAAAGUUCAAAUCUGUCUAACUUUCCUAGUAUAGACAACAACCACAGAAAAUAAUGAUUGAAAAAAAGUUCGCUGAUGCCAUUCUCCUUAUAUACCACUCUGGUAAUACGAAAAUCCUGACGUAUUAUAUGCUUUUGAAGAGAUAUAGACGAGCACUAAUCAUUUAACUAUAACGAUAAUCGUAUAUCUUGUUGAUUUAAUUUACUUUUGGUGAAGGCUUUUUUUUUUCAUUGUAUUUUAAAGUAAGUUUACGAAAGACUAAGUAAGUAUU